AUGGGGGCCGCGUCGGGCUGCCGGUGGCCGUGGCCGCCGCUGCUGCCGUUGCUGCUGAUGCUGCUGCUGCCGCCGCCGCCGCUGCCGGUGGCCCUGGCGCUCGACUCCGCGCUGCAGCCGGGGAACUUUACCGCGGAUGAGGCCGGAGCGGAAGACUUCGCGCAGAGCUUCAAUUCGAGCUCCGAGCAGGUGCUGUUUCAGAGCACGGCCGCCAGCUGGGCGCACGACACCAACAUCACCGAAGAGAACGCGCGGCGCCAGGAGGAGGCAGCCCUGAUCAGCCAGGAGUUUUCAGAGGUCUGGGGCCAGAAGGCCAAGGCUCUGUACGAUCCUAUUUGGCAGAACUUCACCAGCCGCACACUGAGACGCAUCAUCGGUGUUGUGCGCACCCUGGGCUCUGCCAACCUGUCCCCGGCAAAGCGGCAGCAGUACAACUCUCUGCUAAGCAACAUGACCAGGAUUUAUUCCACAGCCAAGGUCUGCUUCCCCAACAAGACUGCCACCUGCUGGUCCCUGGACCCAGAGCUCACUAAUAUCCUGGCCACCUCUCGAAGCUACACCCUGCUGCUAUAUGCCUGGGAGGGCUGGCACAACGCUGCGGGCAUCCCACUGAAACCCCUGUACCAGGACUUCACUGCCCUCAGCAAUGAGGCCUACAAGCAGGAUGGCUUCUCAGACACCGGGGCCUACUGGCGCUCCUUGUAUGACUCACCCACCUUCACGGAGGAUCUGGAGCGCCUCUACCAUCAGUUAGAGCCCCUCUACCUGAACCUCCAUGCCUACGUCCGCCGCGCGCUGCACCGCCAAUAUGGGGACAGAUUCAUCAACCUCAGGGGACCCAUUCCUGCUCACCUGCUGGGGAACAUGUGGGCCCAGAGCUGGAACAACAUCUAUGACAUGGUGGUGCCUUUCCCCGGCAAGCCCAGCCUUGAUGUUACCAGUGCUAUGGUGCAGAAGGGCUGGAAUGUGACACACAUGUUCCGGGUGGCAGAGGAAUUCUUCACCUCCCUGGGGCUCUUGCCCAUGCCGCCUGAGUUUUGGGCAGAGUCCAUGCUGGAGAAGCCAAGCGACGGGCGCGAGGUGGUGUGCCAUGCCUCUGCCUGGGACUUCUACAACAGGAAAGACUUCAGGAUCAAGCAGUGCACGCAGGUCACCAUGGACCAGCUGUCCACCGUGCACCACGAGAUGGGCCACGUGCAGUACUACCUGCAGUACAAGGACCAGCAUGUCUCCCUGCGCCGAGGCGCCAACCCUGGCUUCCAUGAGGCCAUCGGGGAUGUGCUGGCGCUCUCCGUCUCCACUCCUGCACAUCUGCACAAAAUCGGCCUGCUGGACCAUGUCACCAGUGACUGGGAAAGUGACAUCAAUUACUUGUUAAAGAUGGCACUGGAAAAGAUCGCCUUCCUGCCCUUUGGCUACUUGGUGGACCAGUGGCGUUGGGGGGUCUUUAGUGGGCGUACCCCCCCCCUCUACAACUAUGACUGGUGGUACCUUCGAACCAAGUAUCAGGGGGUCUGCCCUCCUGUUGUCCGAAACGAAACCCAUUUUGAUGCUGGAGCCAAGUAUCAUGUCCCAAAUGUGACCCCAUAUAUCAGGUACUUUGUGAGUUUUAUCCUGCAGUUCCAGUUCCAUCAAGCUCUCUGCAAGGAGGCAGGCCACCAGGGCCCACUGCACCAGUGUGACAUCUACCAGUCCACCCGGGCUGGGGCCAAGCUCCGGGCAGUGCUGCAGGCAGGCUCCUCGCGGCCCUGGCAGGAGGUGCUGAAGGACAUGGUUGGCUCAGGGGCCCUGGACGCUCAACCAUUGCUCGACUACUUCCAGCCGGUCACACAGUGGCUAGAGGAGCAGAACCAGCGGAGCGGCGAUAUCCUGGGCUGGCCAGAAUAUCAGUGGCGCCCACCGAUGCCCGACAAUUACCCGGAGGGCAUUGACCUCGUGUCCGAUGAGGCUGAGGCCAGCAAGUUCGUGGAGGAAUAUGACCGGAGAUCCCAGGUGGUGUUGAACGAGUAUGCCGAGGCCAACUGGGACUACAACACCAACAUCACGGCAGAGGGCAGCAAGAGAGUGCUGGAGAAGAGCACACAGAUGGCAAACCACACUGUCAAAUACGGCAUUUGGGCCAGGAAGUUCGACGUGGCCAACAUCCAGAACUUCACCUUGAAGCGGAUGAUAAAGAAGAUUCAGGAUCUAGAGCGGGCAGCAUUGCCUUUUAAGGAGCUGGAGGAGUACAACCAGAUCCUGCUGGACAUGGAGACCGCAUACAGCGUGGCCUCUGUGUGCCACGCCAACAGCACUUGUCUUCAGUUGGAGCCUGAUCUGACAAACCUGAUGGCCACAUCCCGAAGCUAUGAGGAGCUGUUGUGGGCUUGGAAGGGCUGGCGAGACAAGGUGGGCAGAGCCAUCCUCCCUUACUUCCCAAAAUACGUGGAGCUCACCAACAAGGCUGCCAGGCUCAAUGGCUACGAAGAUGGAGGGGACGCCUGGAGAGCUGCGUAUGAGAUGCCCUUCCUGGAGCAGGAGCUGGAGCAGCUCUUCCAGGAGCUGCAGCCACUCUACCUGAACCUACACGCCUACGUGCGCCGGGCACUGCACCACCACUACGGGCCCGAGCACAUCAACCUGGAGGGCCCCAUCCCAGCCCAUCUGCUGGGUAACAUGUGGGCUCAGACCUGGUCCAACAUCUAUGACUUGGUGGUACCUUUCCCUUCAGCUUCCAAGAUGGAUGCCUCAGAGGCCAUGAUAAAUCAGGGCUGGACUCCCCAAAGGAUGUUUAAGGAAGCAGACAAUUUCUUCACCUCCCUGGGGCUGCUGCCCGUGCCCCCAGAGUUCUGGAACAAGUCGAUGCUGGAGAAGCCAACUGAUGGGCGGGAGGUGGUGUGUCAUGCCUCCGCCUGGGACUUCUUCAACGGCAAGGACUUCAGGAUCAAGCAGUGUACCACCGUGAACAUGGAGGACCUGGUGGUGGCCCACCACGAAAUGGGCCACAUUCAGUAUUUCAUGCAGUACAAGGACCUGCCUGUGACCUUCCGGGAGGGCGCCAACCCUGGCUUUCACGAGGCCAUUGGGGACGUGCUGGCCCUCUCCGUGUCUACCCCCAAGCACCUGCGCAGCAUCAACCUGCUGAAGAGCGAGGACGACGGCUAUGAGGAGGACAUCAACUUCCUGAUGAAGAUGGCGCUCGACAAGGUCGCCUUUGUCCCCUUCAGCUACCUUGUUGACCAGUGGCGCUGGAGGGUGUUUGACAGAAGCAUCACCAAGGAGAACUACAACCAGGAGUGGUGGAGCCUCAGGCUGAAGUACCAGGGCCUCUGUCCCCCCGUGGCCAGGUCUCAAGGCGACUUUGACCCAGGGGCCAAGUUCCACAUUCCUUCAAGUGUGCCUUACAUCAGGUACUUUGUCAGCUUCAUCAUCCAGUUCCAGUUUCAUGAGGCACUGUGCCAGGCGGCGGGCCACAAAGGCCCCCUGCACAAGUGUGACAUCUACCAGUCCAAGGAAGCUGGGAGGCGCCUGGCGGACGCCAUGAAGCUGGGCCUCAGUAAGCCGUGGCCUGAAGCCAUGCAGCUGAUCACGGGCCAGCCCAACGUGUCCGCCUCCGCCAUGAUGACCUACUUCAAGCCGCUGCUGGACUGGCUUGUGACGGAGAACGGGCGGCAUGGGGAGAAGCUGGGCUGGCCUCAGUACAACUGGACGCCGAACUCGGCUCGCCUGGAAGGCUCCUUCGCGGGCACUGGCCGCGUCAACUUCCUGGGCCUGAACCUGGAGGAGCAGCAGGCCCGCGUGGGCCAGUGGGUGCUGCUCUUCCUGGGCGUCACCCUGCUGGUGGCCACCAUGGGCCUCACCCAGCGGCUCUUCAGCAUCCGCCACCAGAUCCUCCGCCGGACUCACCGCGGGCCCCAGUUCGGCUCCGAGGUGGAGCUGAGACACUCCUGAGAUGAGUGGUCGGGCGGGCCUGCGGGGGGGAACGGGGACAGGGCCACAGAGAGACGGGGAAGGGGGCCGCCUCCCCCAGCCCUCCUCUCCCUCCCCCAUGCUGCCCCCCCCUAGUCCUCAGGACCAUGAACCGCUGCGGCCCCUGCCCCUUGGUCCCCGGGGACCCGGCCACCUCACAUGGAGCCCCCUCCCUGUCUCUCUGUGAAUUCAAUUAAAGGUCCUGUUCCUCUGUC